AUGACUGAGGGACUCUGGGUUCCCCUAUCAGUGCUCAGGGGGCUGCUGCUCUUGCUGUGUGUUGGGCCCUGGGCUGAAGGUGGGAAGCUGCUAGUAGUGCCCAUGGAGGGCAGCCACUGGCUCAGCAUGAAAAAGGCUGUUCAGGAUCUCCACGCGAGGGGCCACCAGGCAGUCGUUCUUGCACCCGAAGUGAAUGUGCACAUCAAAGAAGAGGACUUCUUCACCCUGAAAACCUAUGCCUUUCCAUACACCCAGGAGGAACUGGAAAACAUUCUUCUGCACCACAGUUACAUGGUUUUUGAACCUGAACAUUUUCUGAAGACAUUUUUUAAAACAAUGACUCUUUUGAAAAAUACGUCUGCCCUGUACCAAAGGUCCUGUGCAGAGCUUGUGCACAACAAGGCUGUGAUCCAGUAUCUGAAUGACAGUUCUUUUGAUGUGGUUUUAACUGACCCUUUUUAUCCCUGUGGGACAGUGCUGGCCGAAUACCUGUCAGUUCCUGCUGUGUAUUUCUUGCGUGCCAUUCCGUGUGAAUUGGAUUUUGAGGGCACACAAUGUCCAAACCCAUCGUCCUAUAUUCCUAGGCUAUUAACAAGGAAUUCAGACCACAUGACGUUUCUUGAAAGGGUCAAGAACAUGCUCUACCCUCUGGCGCUGAAGUACAUC